AUUCGUAUAUUAUCCGUAUCUUCAUUCGUUGCUCGUGUACGCACUGUUUUGAUAACCGCUUGCUAUUGACCCGACGACCGUCGCUCGUCACCGUCGUGCCGAACUUGAGUUUAGUGCGAGUUGCCACGUUUGUGUAUAUUUCACGUAACCACCACAAUGCACCCGGCAAUACUAGUGACUGGCGGCGCUGGGUACGUGGGCUCUCACACGGUGAUAUCUCUACUAGAGAACCAGAGCGAGGCAGACCCGUUCGACAUCGUAGUGGUGGACAAUUUGUCGAACGCGUACCGAGCGGAGGGGCAGAAGAAACCGGAGGCGCUGGUCAGGAUCGAGGAGUUGACUGGGAAGACGAUAUAUUUCUACCAUGCGGAUAUAAGGGAUGCGAAAGCUUUGAGCAAUAUAUUUGAAAAUCACAAAAUAGACUCUGUGAUCCACUUCGCAGCGCUGAAGGCGGUCGGCGAAUCGGUGCAGAAGCCGCUCGAGUACUACCAGGCGAAUAUAACAGGCACCUGCACUCUGUUCGAGACAAUGCGCAAAUACGGCGUGUACAAGCUGGUGUACAGUUCCUCCUGCACCGUGUACGGAGAGCCUCAGUCGCUGCCGAUGAACGAGGCGCACCCCACCGGCGACUCCCUCACCAGCCCCUACGGGAAGUCCAAGUACUUCUGCGAGGAGAUCAUGAAGGACCUGUGCCUCAGCGAUCAGAGCUGGGCAAUAAUCUCGCUGCGCUACUUCAACCCUGUGGGAGCGCAUCACAGCGGACGCAUCGGGGAAGAUCCCAUGGGCAUUCCCAACAACCUGAUGCCUUAUAUAUCACAGGUGGCAGUGGGUCGUCUCCCCGAGCUGCAAGUGUUUGGUAACGACUACAAGACGGUGGACGGCACGGGCGUGCGCGACUACGUGCAUGUGGCCGACCUCGCCGACGGACAUGCGCGUGCGCUCAAACUGUUCCGACAGCCCGGCUUCAAUGGAUUCCAUGCUAUUAACUUGGGCACGGGCACAGGCUACUCGGUCCUGCAGAUGGUGAAAGCGUUCGAGGAGGCCAGCGGUCGGUCGGUGCCGUACCGCGUGGUGGGGCGGCGGGGCGACGUGGCGGCUAACUACGCAGACGUGGCGCUCGCCGCCCGCCUGCUGGCGUGGCGCGCCACACGCGACCUGCCAGACAUGUGUCGCGACACGUGGCGCUGGCAGCGGGACAACCCUAAGGGGUAUCAGGCGUAGGUAUAGGAACCUUACAGUCCACAAGAUCGCAACUUCGAUAAUGAGUGAUUUUUAGAGAACAGUUUUAAAACACGUCAAAUUUUAUUUUAUCAUUUACCUAAGGCUUCAGUGCUACGAUCACGAGGCUGAUUUUAAAGAGAAAUGAGCGGAUUGUGCAACUAAUACUUGACUUAUUUAGAUUUACCUGUAUAUUAAAACUGAAAUAUAAGAAUUCAAGAAAACGACAACUACUGGACGCCCGAUCGCUUUAUCACUUUUACUUCUUUUGGAACACUUAACUAUGGCUGUAAAAUGAUUAGCUAUUAGGUAUAAAAAAAUCGAUUUAAUCAUCCUCUUAUCGAAAUAUAUCGUUAGGUGAAUUGAUGCGUUGAUUGAUAAUCUGCGUCAAACCAUCCCCGAUCUAGCUAUAGAUACCCUUGUGUAAGUCAAGAGACAUUUAUCGAAUGUUGAAUAUGGUACAAAUACUAAAAUAUUUUAAUAUGUAAAUACGGAGUUCUUGUCGAUAACAUUUGAUACUCAGUUUUGUUUACCAGACGUGUUCCCGUGUUUCAUAAGCCAAUCACAUUGGAAGCGGGCAGUUACAAGUUUAUUCUUUAUGCAGUUCAAUAAUUAUCGACGUUCAAUUGAAUUCGAAGCCCCAGACCGCUUGCUAACAAUAUCCUGAAAUUCCGAUUCUAGAUAAACACCAUUCCAAAUGUAACCAAUGUAGAAAAAUCCACUUUUAUAAAAACAAAACUCAAUGCGACCGACAACGGACACCAUUUUGCUAUUUCAUGCCUCAUGUAUUUUAUUGUGAUUUUGCGGGUACUUUUCCAAAAUGUUACCUUAGAAUGUAAUACACACUUGUAAAAUAUAGUGCUUGCAAAUACAGAAUAGUAGUCGAUAUAGAAUUUGUGAUAAAAUAGUACACAAUUAUAGUUAUAGAAAAUCAGUGCUAUAUAGAAUGCUAGAUGACACCAAAACACAUGCCUUAUUAUGUAUAUCGAAACAUCCAAAGUGCUAGACCAAUUAAUAAAAAAAAUCGACAUCGAAAAACAUUCGGAAUUGAGUUAAUUGGUAUCGAUAGUUUGUGAAAUUGUAAGGUAGUAUCAAAUAUCGAUACUAAAUAAUUAUCGAUACGAUUCUUUAGCUUAUAUGUUUGAUUGGAUCACGACUCGGUAUUCCUAUUCAUUGCAGUUUUUAUGUAGGUAACGGCUUGCUUCUGGUACUACUGACAAGUGGGUCGUGAGCUCGUCUACCUUCAAAAGCCAUAAAAAUCAAGUAUCGAUACUUUUGACUCCGUACAUAAAUAAACUGCCAACUUAAUAACACUUUUAUAGAUAUUGUGGAUGGAGGCGAGAUAUCGGUUUAUCGAUAUUUAAAAUUAUUAGGCCAUUGCGUGGAAGGUCCGAUUAAAUUAGUUAGUUUCCUUUCACAUUCAUAAUAUACAUUCCUGCGAGUAUUAAACAUAUAAAAUUUAUAAUCAAACAUGUGAAGUUAUUUAAUCCGUAAUAUUAUAUGAGUUAAAAAUUAAACAAAAUUUAUGAAAUUUUUAAAUGACUAUUUUACUUGAUUAUUAAAUAUUAAUUUUUAUUCGUUAUAUAGAGGAUUCGUUAUAUUUCUUACUCAAAUACUUGGGCUUUCUUGUACGCUAUUGGGCCAAGGUAAAACAGUUUCCAAACUGGUGGAAUAAUAAAUAAAUAACAAUAAUCAUGAAUCGAGAUGAUUGUUAUAUUUUUAAUGUGAA